GGCCGUUAAACUUCACCCGUCACUCCAUAAUCGAAUAUAAGAGCCCCGUCUUUUUGGCUGCAGUUUAAGCUAUAAAAACCAGGCAUAAGAAAAGUAAGGCUCUAAGGCUCUGCCACAUCUUUCUAGCCAUCCAAGUACUCUUGAUUACAGUCUUGUCAUCCUAUUGGCCCUACAUAGAAUUACAGCUCGAGGAAAGCCGACAUCUCUCCGUUUGAACACACUGCAAAACUUCUCUUGCCGUUUCCAAGGUAAAACUCUGGAAGUUGGGCAGGUCAAAGUCUCCUCCAAGUUGUCCAAGUCAAUAGUGAAAUAAAAAAAAGCCUAACUUUUCCCAGAAAACCAGUCCUUUCGUUCUCACCUCUUAAAUUCCUGCCCACAUUUGAAUUUAUAUAUAGCAAACAAGCACGACACACCUCCACCAAUUGCUACCUUGAACAUUUAGACAAAAUGGGAUUUGCUAUAAUUCCAAUGUGUCUGCUCUUCUACUCUUCUUUCACCACCAUAUCAGUAGCCCAGCAAGCAUUCAGGUGCACAGAACGAACCACAUGUCGUUCUUUGGUUGGUUACAAGUCCCCUAACACGACCUCCAUCUCCUCCAUCCAGAAACUCUUUGGUGUCAAAAACCUACACACUCUUCUAGGAGCAAACAACCUUCCUCCUUCAACCUUACCAAACCACAUGAUCCAAGAGCAGCAAGUAAUAAAAAUCCCAAUCCCAUGCAUAUGUUUUAAUGGGACAGGUGCCUCAAACAGGAUGCCCAUUUACACAGUCCAACCAGAUGAUGGGCUGUAUUAUAUUGCAAACAAUGUCUUCAUGGGCUUGCUUACAUACCAAAGAAUCCAACAAGUUAAUAGGAUAGGAAACGCUGAUGUGAUCGAGGUGGGUCAGGAGCUCUGGAUCCCACUUUCAUGUAGCUGUGAGGAAGUGGAUGGCGAGAGAGUUGUACAUUAUGCACACUUGGUGGAAGAAGGGAGCACCGUGGAAGAGAUCGCAGAAAAGUUCGGGACAACUAGUGACACACUGUAUAGGCUUAAUGGGAUUGCUAAUGACAGUCAACUCAUCGCAGCAACUGCAUUUGAUGUUCCUCUUAAAGCUUGUAAUUCAUCGGUGAGAAGUGACUCUGUGGAUUCUCCAUUCCUUGUUCCUAAUAACACCUAUUUUUUCACUGCUAACAAUUGUGUGAAAUGCAAUUGUGAUGCCGCAAACAACUGGACAUUACAAUGCGAACCGUCCGGAAAUAAACCAUCCAGUUGGUCAACUUGUCCUGCUAUGCAAUGUGAAGGUGGCUUGUUAACAAUCGGCAACACUAGAACUUCUGGUUGCAACACCACAACCUGUGCCUAUGCCGGUUUUAGCACGGAUCAAAACAUCUCAACAACUCUAGCCACACAGUCUACUUGUCCAGUUACCACAGGUCCCGGCGCAAGUCCUGGCAAUUUCGCUUCAAGGAUUGGUCUGAGUAGGAACUACUUGUUCAUCUAUAUUCACAUGAUUCUGCUUCUUGUAUAUCUUCUUUAAUUAGUACGAAACGGUGCUUCUCCCUGGUUGUUUUCUUUUUUUGGUUUAUUAAGGGGAUGUAAGAAUACAAUUUCUUGAUGUGGGGUCAUAUGAGUAAUCAUUUAUUCAACAAAUAAAGAAUGAUGAAGGCAUUGCUAGCUUUAGAUUCU